UACGCAUGUAAUUUUCUCCAGAAAGUGGUAUCACUGAGUGCAUCGCAGUUUAACAUGUAGAUGCUUCGAAAGCUCAUAGUUUUCAAACAGUUAGUGUUGUCGGGUGAGAAUAGACUUCUGUUGGCGUCGCUGUCUCGAUGAAUAAAUCUAAAACUUCGACGCGGCACCCGCGAUUAUGUUUGCAUCCCUGUGACUUAAGAACACUGCUUAAUUACACCUAAAUUGGAAUAUGGGAAUCUGUUUGGAUACAGAACAAAGUGAUGGUUCCCAAGUAUUCGAAGAAGGCCAAGAGAGUUGGUCACAAAACACACCAAGAAACAAUAGAAACGCCGCCACGCCUCCUGGGGGUAAAUUUCCCAUGCAUAAUGGAGCUGAUGUACACUUUGAGUCACCUAAAGUGCCUGUCAUAUUCGUCCUUGGGGGUCCUGGAAGUGGAAAGGUGACCCACUGUGACAAUCUGAUGCAAGAAAAAAAGGGGGUGACUCAUAUCAACAUGACUGACCUUCUCCAGCAGUAUGCCAUCGGAAACGAUAUGCCAGAUUUUGGGCUGCUUUCCAGCAAAACUGUGACAGAAGUCCUCAUGUUGGAAAUGAAGAUGUCUCCUAAUGCCAGGACGUACCUUGUGUCGGGAUAUCCUAGAAAUAUGAGGGACGUUGUAGAGUAUUCUGAAAAGAUUCAAAUCGUACAAGGUGUCAUUCUGAUAUCAUGGAGGAAGAAAGUCUUGGAAAGACAAAUAGAUUAUGGUGCCAAAUUAGGUCAAGUUGUUUUAUCUUUAGCUCGUAUGGAGUUAAAUAAUUUCUACAAGAACGUUAUACCCGUAGCGGAAUAUUUCGACCAAAGCAACAUGCUCAUAUCGAUAAAUGGUGAAAGAGCGCCAGCAGAGGUAUAUAAAGAUUUCAAGAGUUCGGUUUUAAGGAUAUUGGGAAUGCAGGAUAAUCCACCUGUGUUCAGCAAUGGAAAAGUUGCACCCAUUCCUGUAGAUGUUGUCACAACCGACCUUCCGGCAGUGGCUGCUCCUCCUAUACCUCAAGUACCUUCAGAGCACUCUAGAUCGGAGCGUAGGACGGCGUCUCCACUACGGCCACAAACACAAGUCAUUUCCGUUCACGCAACAUCACAACCCAACUAUAAUUCACCCAUAAAGGCAGGUUACCCUCCAGUUCUCUGGGUCAUAGGAGGACCGGGCAGCAAUAAGGCCGCCUUAUGUUCAGCAGCGGCAAUAGACACGGGGUGGACCCAUAUCAGCCUUGGUAAGCUUCUACGCGCUGCGGCAGAACCCCCUGACCCAAGACACAAUUCAGAGGUGUCGAAAUUGAGGGACUGUAUCAGCAACGGCGAGAUGGUGCCCCAGGAGAUCGUGAUGAAGUAUGUGGAGUCCCACAUAGCGGAUAAUAUGGACAAAGAAGGCAUAAUCCUUGAUGGAUUCCCCAGGGAUAUGCUGCAAGCUACAGAAUUUGAAAAUAAGUUUAAACAAAAACCUACAAUUAUUUUAUUGGACUGCUCUAAACUGCAGCUGGGAAGGGGAAGACUGGACGAUAGUGUAACAGCGUUUAGAAGAAGAUUGGAGAUUUUUAGGCAAGCUUCUCUACCAAUGCUGAAAGCCAUGGAUAAUAUUGGAAGGCUGACUAUAGUCGAUGGAGACACAGACACAGUCCCCGUUCAAGAAGACUUCAAGAACGUCGUCAAGGAACACAUCGAGUAUAUGAAAUCUCAAGCAAAUGAACAACAAGUAGGCCACACCAGUAACGGCUACGUCCCUAAUAACCACAUACCCAACGGAAACGCCAUAUCGAAUGGCCACGCAAACGGACACAUACCCAACGGCAACGUAUCCACUGACACUCGCAUCCAGGACUUAGAAAACGAGCCCAUCGAGACCAUCAGCAAGCAAGUGGGCAACGGCGUAGCUUACACCAUUGCAAACGGUGUCAAUCACUUGGCCAACGGACAUUUGAAAGCGCCACCUAUUGCAAACGGUUACGGAGGCAAUGUCAACGGGCUGCCCAUGUACAGUGAGGUCAGUUAUAUGGAUGGACAUAUAUAAGUAUUGUGAAGGUUAAGUGAUUCAGAAUUGUGAUAAAGUGUUGAGUAUUAUUUAGGAUUAAAUAUUUAUAAGGAGUGCCUUAGUUUUGUUUCGCCAUUGGUCCUUUGGAAAUCUUGUAUUGUAUACAUUUAUAUACAGGUUGGCCCAACAAGGAGUAUAUACUGGUAAUAUCUCUAUAACAAUCAUCUGCUCACGUAGCAAACAUUACAGUUAGUCAGCUUUGUGUUUGAUGGUGCCCAAGGAUCGACUAGUCAGAAUAACGGGCAUUAGUGACAUGUCAUUUAUUUCCUUAAACAAGAAGGCUACUCCUCCCUUAAUCGUUUUAGGAAAAGGGUUGACUGGUACGUUAUUUUGUAGCUUUUUCAACAGUAGGUACUAUAGUUGUUGACCAAUUCGAUCCAAAUUGUUGAUUUUUUAUGUUAAUCCUUAAAGUAUUCAGGACAGUUUUCAAAAUUAAUCAAUAUAUUGGAAGAGGUGGUACCUCAGUUCAGUUUAAGAAGAAAACAUUAAGCUAUUGUUCUGAAAACACCUGUUUGAUAUACUAAUUCUGCCUAAAUCCUUACAUUAAGAGUGCUCAUUCUGUAUAUGUUGGGCCACUCUGCAUGUCACUCUAUACUCUUUGGGGCAUAUCUGAUUCCAUAAUGGUCAAUGGUUUUUGAAAUUUGGGUCCAACAGUAUUCCUAGAUUUAUAUAUUAGAUAUUAAGUAUAUAUUUAUAUUUAUAUCUUAAUGUAGUUAUAAGUUGUUACUCUCUGUUAGCUAAAACUGCGGGUCGGUGAAAUAUAUUUAGGUACUAAUUGUAAGUAUUUCUUGUUUUAUAAGUGAAUAAGUGGCAAAUUAUAUUUAAAGUAACAAAUACACUGCAAGUAACCGCACUAUAUACACAUAUUUAGAUAUAAAAAUAAUUAAUAUUAUAAUUAUUUAUUUAAUACGUAUAUUAUUCUAAACCCUGUACCCAUGAGAUCAUAAAAUUUUUAAGUGAUAAUCUUGGGUCGCUGUUAGAUAAAAUAUCAUAUUAUCACGGGUUUCGGUUUAUUUUUUAUAUUUAUUUUGUCCAAAUCUUAUACAUUUUGCUCCCAUUUCAAUAUUGAGGUCCAGACCUACAGAAUCAAGUUUUCAUGUAAAAAAAAUACAUCAUCUCUUUUUUUUCUAGAAUGAUUUCCAUUUUACAUCAUAAAAAAUUAUUACCUUCACUUAAUAAUUUGCAAUUAAUAAAUAUGUACCUGCCCUUUUUGUAGCAAUAUAAUUUUUAAAAAUCUUUAAAUGUACUAUUUUUGUAAGCAAAUAAUAAGGUGUACUUUGUAACCACUAGAUUAUUAUACAUAUUAAUUAUAUUAUUAAAUACAGGGUGUUUCAUUUCCGGUGUGUCAAAUGAACACAAAUGAUAGAGAAAGUAUACCUCUGUAUACAAUUUUAUCAAUUUAUUUCGAAGCAUUUUCGAGAUAUUGUAAUAAAAUUGUGUCUUAAUGGCCCCAUUUAAAGGGACGUAGCGCCACAGGGGGGCGUUUUCGGACACAAAUCGAUAUAAACUUUUUUGCUCAAAAUUACUUUCCCGAUCAUCUGUGUUCGUUUGGCACACCGGAAAUGAAACACCCUGUAUAUAAAAGAUUUUUUUAUAAUAGUGGAAUAUAGUUCUAUAGAUCUGUCACAUGCAUAGGAUGAAUUUGAGUAUUGAUGUAUUUAUACUACUGUUAUA